AUGCUGGUCUUCGUUAAUAUUCGAAUUCGGCAUCCUGCGGAAAUUUCUAAGUCCACUCGUGGAGGUAGAUUUUCAAAGUCCCCCAAAGGUGAGAAAAUUUCUAAGUCCACACAUGGAGAUAGAUUUUUAAAGUUCCACAAAGGUGCGAAAAUUUCUAAGUCCACACAUGGAGAUAGAUUUUUAAAGUUCCACAAAGGUGCGAAAAUUUCUAAGUCCACACAUGGAGAUAGAUUUUUAAAGUUCCACAAAGGUGCGAAAAUUUCUAAGUCCACACAUGGAGAUAGAUUUUUAAAGUUCCACAAAGGUGCGAAAAUUUCUAAGUCCACACAUGGAGAUAGAUUUUUAAAGUUCCACAAAGGUGCGAAAAUUUCUAAGUCCACACAUGGAGAUAGAUUUUUAAAGUCCCCCAAAGGUGAGAAAAUUUCUAAGUCCACACAUGGAGAUAGAUUUUUAAAGUUCCACAAAGGUGCGAAAAUUUCUAAGUCCACACAUGGAGAUAGAUUUUUAAAGUUCCACAAAGGUGCGAAAAUUUCUAAGUCCACACAUGGAGAUAGAUUUUUAAAGUUCCACAAAGGUGCGAAAAUUUCUAAGUCCACACAUGGAGAUAGAUUUUUAAAGUUCCACAAAGGUGCGAAAAUUUCUAAUUCCACACAUGGAGAUAGAUUUUUAAAGUUCCACAAAGGUGCGAAAAUUUCUAAGUCCACACAUGGAGAUAGAUUUUUAAAGUCCCCCAAAGGUGAGAAAAUUUCUAAGUCCACACAUGGAGAUAGAUUUUUAAAGUUCCACAAAGGUGCGAAAAUUUCUAAGUCCACACAUGGAGAUAGAUUUUUAAAGUUCCACAAAGGUGCGAAAAUUUCUAAGUCCACACAUGGAGAUAGAUUUUUAAAGUUCCACAAAGGUGCGAAAAUUUCUAAGUUCACUCGUCGAGGUCCAACGCACAACUGAACCACGAUCUAUAAAGAUCGGCCAAAGACCCGACACUAUUGUCGUCUUCCGAACCCCAGUAUCCCCACCUCGCAUUUAAAUCCUGAAUGAAAUAAGCUGUUAUGUAUUUGAAUAAACUGUUCGUUAAUACUGGCAGGAAUGGCAUCUGCGCAAAUUGCCAUGUGCUCUCGUCGAAUUCCAAAGCACAACUAACUGUUAAAGUCGGUGAGAGGUCCGAUUUUGUUUUCAACUCACAAAGAAAAUUAUCCCCACUUCACAAUGUAAUUUUAAAAGAAAAUAUUUCUCCGUUAUUAAAGAAACAUUGAAAUAUGCAACUAUUUGCCCGGUGUUAUAUGAGACCUUGACAACAGUUAAAGAAGAAGAGGAGAAAAAAAGGAAAAAAGAGAAAAAGUAAAGAAAGAAGAGAAAAAUAGCACUGCAAAGAUACUGAAACAGUAAAUCGGCCAAAAGUUCCACCCGAGACAUACAACAAUUAAAAGUUCUCAAAAAUAACAAAUAUAAUAAAUAAAAGUAAAUAUUUCGAAUAAUUAAUAAAAGUAUAUAACUAAUACAACUAAUAAAAGUAUAUAAUUAAUAAAAGUAAAUAAGAAUAAGUAGGAAUGAUAAUGAACAUAAAGACGACAGAAAAGAUUUCUGUGCGUUCUCUUAGAAAAAUAAUUAAAAAUUUUGUUAUAUUCAAAUUUAUUUAUCUGUGUAUUAAGUACAACUAACAAUUCAAAAUGUAAUCAAUUUAACGGUUAAUUGAACUUAGAGAUGUUGUAAAAAUAAAGAAAUAUGCAGCCAUCCGCCCGGUAAUACUUGCGUUUUAUAAUUACACGUAUAAUUUAGUUACAGACUUUAAAUAUAAUUAAGACAUAGAUUUCGAUAUAUCGCAAGUAUUACCGACCCAGGUCCCACCGCUUGGAGGUUGCUGCAUCUGGGGACCCACGAGCUAACGGGGACUCUACUCUCUAAGAUCCGCGAGACCGGCGUGAACAAAUAAUCGCCGCACAAAUAAAACGAAGUCCUCGGUAGGACUUUUAAUCGCGCUCGGACACUCACGUGAGUGUCCGAAUGACUCUACUGCAAAAUACGCAUUACCGGCGUAAUCUUAUCUCUAUAUUAAGCAAAUGAAACUAAGUCCACGGUAGGACACUUAAUUCGCGCCCGAACACUCACGUGGUGUUAGUACAACGGUAGCUCUACUCUAAAAUACGCGUUCCCGGUGUUCGCGAGGCAACAUGAGCGAACAGAGACAUCAAGUCCGCAACGGUAUCCUACUGGGGAUAACGUUGAGGCCGUCAGCCUCGGAUGCCCACAUCCCACCUUUAAGCACGACCGUCCGUGCCUUUCGUAUUUCGAACAAUAAAACGAAGUCCACGGUAGGACUUUAAUCGCGCCCGAACAUCCACGUGAGUGCUAGAAUAACGGUGACUCUACUCUAAUUCGCGGUCCCGCGGGGUUGCAUACACCUCACCAUGGACUCAGGUGACUAUAGAUAUAAGGUGGGUCAGUCAACGGACUGAACAUCCUUACAAAUAGCCAUAUACCAUCCUCCUCAGUAGCACAUAGACCGUCUCACUCUACAGUCAUCCGAUGACCGUAUCACGACCGGUCAUUCGUUCGUUUUUAGCAAUCAAACGAAGUCCAUUAUCGUAGGACUUUUAAUCGCGCCCGGGAACACCACGCCUGUGCCCGCCGACACACGCGCAAAUGUUCUUUCUAUCUUACCCGUAUUCGCGUCUAACAAUCGAAUAUGAAACAAACCAUUCGACGAUACAUUGGACCUUCGCCGAUGUAUCGAAAUCGGUGAAGAGGAGAAGAAGAGGAAGAGAAAUAGAAGAAAAGGAAGCCGGAACGUGCGCGCAUGUGAGAACCAUAGAACUAGGAAGAAAAGAAAGAAAAGAAUAUCUGUAAGAUGCAAUGGAACACGUGCACGAACGUGUGGAAAUGAUGAAAUGGGAAAGAAAAGAUGGGCAUAGAAUAUCGCUAUACUCGACCAAAACCAGAGUACGAAAAUCCAGCAGAAUUUUUUGGUAGCGAAAGAAGGAGACCCGCACAGAAGCCCACGCCCAUGAGCCCCUCCCAUGGGUCCCACCCGAUAGAAACAGUGAUAAUUAAUUUUGAACAAUUAUCUCAAUUAUUAUAGAGCUAACAAUUUCAAAGUAUAGGAAUCACUGUGACUUUUCCAAUGAAUAUACGGAAAGUGUAAGAAAGAAUAUAAUAUGUACGUCCUGCGAUGUUCAAUUUGGAAUUACAUAGAAGAAAUUUUAGACAAGCCUUAGAGAACGCAGCCAUUCGCUCGGCAAUACUUGCACACCAUAAGAUAUUGAUGAAACACAAGUACUUCCGACCCAGGUCCCACCGCGUGGAGGUUGCUGCAGUUGGAGACCCACGGUCUAACGGGGUCUCUACUCUGAAAUUCGCGUGACCGGUGUGUUCAAAUGAUCGACGUUCUAUAAAACGAAGUCCCCGGCAGGACUUUUAAUCGCGCCCGAACACUCCCGGGAGUGUUAUAAUAACGGUGACUCUAGUCUAAAUUCGCGUUCGCGGCGUCCACGCACAACCGAGAAUUCAGGCGGCUAA